UGAAGAAGAAGAAGAAGUUCUAUGCCCUUAGUGGCUCGCGGCCAUCUUUUGCUCGGACGAAGAAGAAGCAGGAGAAGAAAAACCGCGAUGGAGACCACGGUAAGCAAUCUCUACAACCUCUGCACGUGCACUUCAGGGGUAGGCACCUGAGCUGCAAAAAUGCCCUUCUAGUUCUGGGAAUCAGCUACAUCAUCAUCUCGGCGUUCCUCGGCAUUGGAUGGCUCAUCAAGGAGCGGCUGCAAAACAAUAUCCGAGACAAAUCGCUAAGAGCUAACGGAAAUCUUUGUGUUACCUUAGCACAGGUGACGAAGUCUUCCUUCGUGAAUGGCACCGAUUCUAGGAAGAAGAAACGGUGCGACACGGAGGACUGCCAGUACUUCCGUUGGCUUAUUGACACAUCCAUCGACGACGCUAAAGAUCCUUGCCAGAACUUCCACGCUUUCGUAUGUACCGGGAUAGAGAAGAAGCACCCCGAAAUGUUCGCAAAGACCAACGGCGGAAUUGUUCACAUAGCAACCAAGAACGUGACGUACAAAUACCUCGCAACGACGAAAGUGCCGUUGAAGAACCAAGCGGCGUUUCAAAAGGCCGCUGCAGUCUUUCAAGGUUGCUUGAAGGUCAACGAAGACCGCGACAAGAAUAAGAAAGAGAUAUCGCACUUUUUAAGUUACUAUGGUCUAUCAUUCUCGGAUGAACCCAGUUUCGACCCACUCGACAUUAUGAUCCGAUUCGUGGCGACAGUCGACAUCCCAAUACUGUUCAGCGUGCGCCCGGGAGGAACUGGACGGCACUCACGAUUUGUUAUCACAAUGAGCGUAACUCCGGAAUUUACCUCGCAAAAUUCUGAGGAAAUACGACGAAUUAUAGAAGGCCACUCUAAGAAUUUCGUUUCGCGAAUACUAUCGACAGUCUUAUCCGUGGAAGACGGUGCCGCUCUGGCUAGUGUCAUCGUGGAGGCGGAUUUGAAAGUGAUCAACGCGACAAGGAUAAAAAACACCGGCUAUGAGACUCGAAUCACGACACCUCUUUCACAUUUUGGGUUCUUGGAGAACAACAGUGUGUUCGGCUACAGAUGGACCAAUACCCUGGCACGUCACACAAAUAAUCACCUUCCUGGACACUUCAUAGUAUCUAUUAGGGUAUCUGAUAUGAAGCUGUUUCAUCAUUUGUUCGAUAGUCACAAUGGAUUUUCCAAGAACGACCUAAAGGUAUUCAUGACAUGGAGGACAAUCCUUUAUCUUCUCAAGAGUUCGGGUCUGGAGAUGUUUUCGAACGAGCGAUGCUUCGAUAUUGUGUCAUCUGUGUUUCCAAGGGCUGCUGUUUCUCCGAUACUUUCUCAAGCCGUCGAUGAGUUCAGGAUUGAUGCCGUGAAGAAAAUAACCGAAAUCAUCAUCACCGAAAUCAAGAAUUUCUUCACAUCGUCUCCUUGGCUGGACGACCAAUCUCUCAAAGCUUCACUGGAAACGCUUUCAUUAAUAAGUACACGAGUCGGAUACAACACAACAGCAACGGCCGAUAUAUUGACGAACAUCUACCCGGAUUUCACCGGUCUCUACGUAGCAGAUUUUGUCAAAAUCAGGAAAAUGAUGGCAGAACGCAGAUGGCAGGUCCUUUAUGAUGAACUGAUGCUAAGCAGUGAUCCAAUCGUCACGCCUUUUCAGGAAGGUAACACUGUGUCCGAAGCGGAGGAAAACGUUGUCUCCGUUCCGCCAGGCGGCAUGAUUAGACCGCUCUUCACGUACGGUGCGCCCCCUGAAGUGAACUUCGCAACACUUGGAAGACACCUUGCGCACGAGAUUAUGCGAGGAUUUGAAAGUCUCUCAAAUCGAACUCGCUUGUGGACGAACAAGAGUAACGCUGCAUACCAAGAUCGCAUGGCCUGUUUCAAUGAAGCCAUGACAAAGCGAAGACUACACUGGGUGGACAACAACGAACUACUUCUGGACGUCCUGGGGCAAAGAUCUGUCCUCAAUGCGUUCGAGAAGGUAUCUCAGGGCUUCCCUACCCAAUUGGGAACUUCGAAGCUUCUAACGAAGGACCAACUCUACUACGUGUCUUGGUGCGUGCUCUGGUGCGGUCAGAAGGUACCAGGUCCGGUCCUGCAAGAGAGGUGCAAUGUUCCUCUCAUGCAGUCGUUUCACUUUAGCGAGGCAUUUCGAUGCUCUACUGGGGCUCCCAUGAAUCCACAGAAAAAAUGUCUAUUUUGGUAGAGCUAUAUAUGCUGACAAUAAAAGUACUUUUUCUUCAA